AGGCAGCUAAUAAGAAGAGUCAUUCUAGAAAACGACUUCAUGAAACAUUUACAAAUGCCACAAGUUCAAGAAAUCGUAAAAUGCAUGUAUCCAUGUACUUUUAAUGAAAGCGAUAUAAUUAUACGCGAAGGAGAGUACGGGAAUAGACUGUACGUUACGGCCGAGGGAAAUUUCGAGAUAACAAAAGAUGGAACCCUCCUGACUAAAGUUGGAGCUGGGGUAGCUUUUGGGGAAUUAGCAAUAUUAUAUAAUUGUAGGAGAACAGCGACUAUUACUGCUACAACAAAGUGUAAAGUAUGGGCUAUAGACCGCGAAGUAUUUCAAAUGAUUAUGUUAAAAACCGGAAUAGCGCAACACGAGGAACAUAUGCAAUUUUUGGAAAGCGUUCCUCUACUGAAACACCUACCUGCCGGAAAGCUCGCUAAAAUUGCUGGUGUACUAGAUGUUAAUUACUAUAAGCAAGAGGAGUACAUUGUCCGUGAAAACGAAACAGGAGAUACAUUUUACAUAAUUAAGAAAGGAGAGGUAAUUGUAACGAGACGAAUGAUUGAAAAGAAUAGUGACGUCUUCGUUCGUACUCUUGUUCGAGGGGACUAUUUUGGCGAAAGAGCUUUACUUAGUGAGGAAAGAAGGACAGCAAAUAUUAUCGUCCAAAGUUCAGAAGUUGAAUGUUUUGUAUUAGAUCGCGAGUAUUUUACACAGUUGAUAGGUAAUCUCGAUGAAUUGAAGGAGAAAGAUUAUCAUGAUGAAGUCUACAGAGGAACUAAGCUGGCUAUUAGAAAUCCAUCAUCCACAACCAAUGAAUAUAGCGAACUAGAGUUAAAUGAUUUUGAACAAAUUGCAACUCUAGGAAUGGGAGGCUUUGGCAGAGUGGAAUUGGUGACACUAGUGAAAGAUAAAUCGAGAUCAUUUGCGUUAAAAUGUAUGAAGAAAAGACAUAUUGUGGAAACAAAACAGCAGGAGCACGUUUUCUCUGAGAAGAAGUUAUUAACGGAACUAACUUCUCCGUUUGUCGUGAAAUUAUAUAGAACCUUCAAGGAUAAAAAAUUUGUAUACAUGUUGAUGGAAGUCUGUUUAGGUGGUGAAUUGUGGACCAUCUUAAGAGACAGAGGAAAUUUUGAUGAGAAUAGCACGAGAUUUUUUACCGCUUGCGUGGUAGAGGCAUUUGAUUAUCUCCACGUCAGAGGAAUAGUUUAUAGGGAUCUUAAGCCUGAAAAUUUGCUCUUAGACUCAAUCGGCUAUGUAAAAUUGGUCGAUUUUGGUUUUGCUAAAAAAGUCGGACUCGGAAGUAAAACUUGGACAUUUUGUGGGACACCCGAAUAUGUAUCUCCAGAAGUAAUUUUAAAUAGAGGCCAUAACUUUUGUGCUGAUUACUGGGGCUUAGGGAUUUUAAUUUUCGAAUUAUUAACUGGAAGCCCACCCUUUACAUCCGAUGACCCGAUGAAAACAUAUAAUUUAAUACUGCGAGGCAUAGAUCGCGUCGAUUUUCCGCGAAAGAUUGGCAAAAAUGCGCAAAACUUAAUCAGAAAAUUGUGCAAAGAAAACCCGGCAGAAAGAAUAGGUUAUCAAAAGAACGGUAUUAAAGACAUUCAGAAGCACAAGUGGUUUCAGGGAUUUGAUUGGAACGGUCUAAGAAAACGGGAAUUAAAGUCGCCCAUGCAACCAACGAUUAACGGUCCAUUAGACCAUUCAAAUUUUGAUACCUUUGAUCAAAGCAAUGAGCUACCGACAGACGAGACUAGUGGAUGGGACGAUAACUUUUAA